AUGGCUGUUCAAGAAAAAGAAAGCACGAUACUCAGUGGAAUUUCUCUGGUGCCCCCCUCGGUAACAGUGACAUCGGACAAGUCAAAUAAAUUAAAAGACCCUUGUUUCCAUCGGGGUUCAAUCCACUCCUACAACAUACGAAUGCAAUAUAGAUACCCCACUAUUCAAUCAUUCUCGGCCCGUCGUUUGAAUAUUCCGCAUUUGAAAAAUAAGUUGGCCCGAUUGAGGUGA